AUGAGGAAUACACACAGGUUCUUUCUCUUUGUAGUGGUUUCUUUUUCUUUUAACGGAAGCGACGCGGCAGAUGCUGAGGAGAAGCUAAUUAACCACCUACUGAGCCCUGCCAGGUAUAAUAAGUUAAUUCGCCCUGCUGUCAACUCCUCGCAGUUGGUAUCUAUAAAACUGCAGGUUUCCCUGGCACAGCUAAUCAGUGUGAAUGAACGUGAACAGAUCAUGACCACAAAUGUCUGGCUAAAACAGGAAUGGACUGACUAUCGUUUGGCUUGGCAGCCCUCUGACUAUGACGGCAUAAAAAAGCUGAGAAUCCCUUCUAAGCACAUCUGGCUGCCAGACAUUGUGCUUUACAAUAACGCGGAUGGUACAUAUGAAGUUUCCGUGUAUACAAAUGCGAUUGUAAGUAACAAUGGAAGCAUUUUCUGGUUGCCUCCAGCCAUCUACAAGAGUGCCUGCAGGAUUGAGGUGAAGCAUUUCCCAUUUGAUCAACAAAACUGCACACUGAAGUUCCGCUCUUGGACAUACGAUCACACAGAAAUUGAUAUGGUACUUAUAACUUCCAUGGCAAGCAUGGAUGACUUUACACCAAGCGGAGAAUGGGAUAUUGUAGCACUUCCAGGAAGAAGGACUGUAAACCCCUUAGACCCAAAGUAUGUUGAUGUGACAUAUGACUUUAUUAUUAAAAGGAAACCUCUUUUUUAUACCAUCAAUCUUAUAAUUCCCUGUGUGCUUAUUACAUCAUUGGCUAUCCUGGUGUUCUACCUGCCUUCAGACUGUGGGGAAAAGAUGACCUUAUGCAUAUCUGUACUGCUUGCCUUGACUGUGUUCUUAUUGCUGAUUUCCAAAAUUGUCCCUCCAACAUCACUGGAUGUCCCAUUGAUUGGGAAGUAUCUGAUGUUUACAAUGGUAUUAGUAACAUUCUCAAUAGUUACCAGUGUAUGUGUACUGAAUGUCCAUCACAGAUCUCCCAGCACCCACACUAUGCCCCCAUGGGUAAAGGUGGUUUUCCUUCAGAAACUUCCAACUUUUCUGUUCAUGAAACGCCCAGAGAAUAACUCUGCAAGGCAAAGGUUAAGCAAGCACAGAAAGAAUAAAUCUGAUCAUCUAUGCACUGAUCCAGCUGACCUGUACAAAAACUCCACCUACUUUGUGAACACAGCCUCUGCCAAAAAAUACGAUUUGAAAGUUACUGAGAAUCUGGAUAACAUCAGUGGCCAUCAAGAUUUUAGGUUAAGAUCUUCAAUGAAGUUUUCUCCAGAAGUCCAAGAAACGAUUGAUGGAGUCAGUUUUAUAGCAAACCACAUGAAAAAUGAGGACAACGACCAGAGUGUCAUUGAAGAUUGGAAGUAUGUUGCCAUGGUAGUGGACAGACUGUUUCUCUGGAUAUUCAUCUUUGUUUGUGUCCUUGGGACUGUUGGGCUAUUUCUCCAGCCACUUUUUCAAAACCAUUCUGCUGCUGCAAGCACUUAA